CUCAAGACCGCCUAUGGAGGGGAUCACGAGGCCGCUCGCAUGAAAGCCAUCCGGCCGAACAUCCAAAAAGUGCGACAAGCUUGGAUGACUGAUGAGGGAUACAGAGCUCUGAUGGAGAAGAUCAGGCGAUAUUUCCCUCCUGCCACGCUUCCGCCGGAGACCAAGGAGUCAUUUGAGCGGCUACUGGAAGGUUAUCGCGAUUAUGGCGACGUGGAUCACGGACGGAAGGUAAAACCGCCAGUCGAGCAGUUCGAUGCGCUCGAGCUGUAUCUUUCGGACCAAGGGUACAAUUCGCUAUACACAUUGAUGAGCGCCGUGAUGCGAAAAGGCGAGCCGGACGAAGAGGAACUGGAAGUCGCGACGGCUAUGGUGGAGCUAUUGACGAUUGACUUGUACAACCUGAGGUUGUCUCAGAUUGGGCAUCCGCGUUACGCCAACUUCCAAGGCGUUACGUUCCGAGGAAUGUCCAUCACCGAAGCCCAGCUCGUGGAGUACCAAGCCAUUCUUGCCCGCGAGGACCUUUCCAAACGCAAUUUCUCCGUUCCUUUAGGUCUGGUGUCGAGCUCGACCGACGAGAAGAUCAUGGAGGAGUUCUCAAAGCCCGUAGCGGAGAACGAUAAGCGCAUAGUCCGGUUGCACCUCACAAUCCAUAUCCGCGGCGUCCACCCCAUGCUGCUCGAGGAAUAUUAUGCCCUGUAUCCCGACAGUGUUGUCACGUCUAUCUGUGCUAUGCCUACGGCGCAUAUAUCGUCGUAUGGCGAAAAGGAGAUCCUCUUGCGCGGUCCGUUUUUCCACCUCAUCUCCAUGGAGCGCGGGGCCAUCAAUGGAGAACAAUACCACAAAUUGGUCGUCGUCAUGAUGAAUGCCAACAGGGACCAUGGCCUCGAGCACGCGUCUAAUGAAGGCGAAAAGGAGAGACAACGACAAUGCUUCCUGCGCACCGUUUCGGCGUCCAAGUUUGAAACUUGUGCUGCGGUUGCCGAGACGCAUGCUCCUCAUGAUGCUGAGGGCUAUCGAAAGCUGCAGAAGCUGGCUUUAGACCAAUUGAGAGCUGUUGAUGGGAUCGAAGUCCAACCUGAUGACCGAUGGGCCGAAGCCCAAUCCAGGGACGUUGCAACGUGGCUUGGAGGUGCCCUCGUGGAGAGUUAUCCCUGGCAUUACGCGUGCCGUCGCCUGUGUUGGCAAAACGCAAUCAAGGAGGAGAAUUGGGUGGAAGCUGAAGAAGUGCUAGAGAAGGAAUACGACUGGAAGAAGAGAGACUGGUAUAAUGUCGGCAAAUUGACAGAGCACAGCGAAGGAGUCAUCAAUGACAAUCUCACCUUUCUCCACAUAGUCGCUCUCAAGUCGCCCCCUCCGAAAGAAGACGUGGCGCAGUACAUCGCGUGGCAAAAUCUGUUGAGAGGCGCAUGCCAACCCGAAGUCUGGAAGACGGUAAAAUCUUUCGAUAGCAAUCGCCACACAGCUCACGACCUGGCCAAGAUCAACGGCAACAGCGAUCUCAUUGAACACUUACAGCCGCGUAUUAUCCACAAGAUCCAUCCUGCCAUUUUAGCAGGCGUAGAAUCCCAGUUCCACGCAAUCAUGAGACAGAAAGUCGGCCAAUUCUUGGACGAGCAUGCCUUUCACAUGCCCCAGCUCUCAGUCCUGACUGAGAUGGAAAUUCCAGAACUCUGGAUCCCAAUCCCGCUUAUGUAUGGUGGCUUCUUGGUGAGCCUGGAAGGUGAUUGCUUGAGGGUCGUCCUGUAUGAAACGGUGGUCGGCCAGGUGCGGCAGCGUAAGACAGAGUUCUUGCUACCGUUAAGUCUUACUAUCAAGCAAGACAGCUAGUGCGGUAGUGAGCAUCGGUUACGAAACUGGAAUAUGUGGAGGUUCGUUGCAAUCUCCAU